UUUUUCCAUCCUAUUAACAUUGUCCUGCCUCACUUCAAAACACUAAAUCGUAAAAUCGAGAGACCAUUUUUUUUUUUUUGAGGACAUGGAGAAGUUAUCUGAGAAGGCUUUCAGUUGGGAGAUAGACAACUUUUCCGAAAGGAAUGGUGUGAUACGGUCGGAUCCUUUCACAAGCGGCGGCUGCGAAUGGCUUCUUUGUGUUCACCCAAAGGGAAAUUUGGUGGAUGAUCACUUGUCCCUCUUCCUGCACGCUGUGAAUCCUGUAUCAUUGCUACCUGGAUGGAGAAGACGAGCUAGUUAUCGCUUGGUUUUGUUGAAUCAAUCUGGCAAAGAGCUACGUAGAACAGCUGGAGAACGUAGAUUCUUCUGCGCUGAGGCCGAAGGCUGGGGUAGUCAAAGAAUGUUGCCUCUUACCAAGCUUCAGGAAGAAGGGUUUCUAGAGGACAACAAACUAACCAUUGAAGUCUACAUUAACGUACUUAAAGUUGUCGCUGAAGGAAAUUUAACUGGGAAUGAGAUGGUAGAUUUUCGUGGUUUCCAUGUUCUUAAUAGACAGGCUGUUUCAGUUAGCAAUAUUUUCGUACUGCAUCCAGACGUUGCAGUAGAUAUCAGAUCAGGUAUCAAAGAGGUGAAGACAGCUUACAUGAAUAUUCUCCUCGGCCUCGUCGAAACACUAGACAAGGCUCCUCAUAGCUUGUCUGAGACUGAACUAACAAACGCUGAAAGUGAGUUAAGCGAGCUAGAAGAGGCUGGCUUUAAGUUGGAUUGGCUGAAACCAAAGCUUGAGGAGGUUUCCUUGAAGAGGAAGCAAGCUGCUUCUUCUCAUAGAGUUUCUCCGUUUGAGUGCAUUGAUUUUUUGGUAAAGAGAUUCUUUUUGUCUUGCUUCUCAGAACACUAACUGCGUUUUUCUAGUGAAAGUUUGGGGGAGUGUUUGAGUUCAUUGUUUUAGUUUUUAAUCUUAUCAUUAUUUUCUUUCAAACAAGAUUUGAAUCCAUGUUUUUUU